AUGAUGAGCACUUCCAGCAGCCUGCCUUGUGCUUCCCAGGACACACAACCUCGGGCUGAUGGAUCGCUAGUGGACGUCCGAGACAUCACGUCGUUCUACUGCACUGUCUUUCCCUUCAAAGCCGACAGCAUGCAGUUCGUUCGAGGUGCGGUUGGUCAAGUGGCCAAGAAUUCACGCGGUUCUGGGUCUCAAGUGUAUGUCGACCUUUUCCGAGCGACCUCGGGAAGCGGCCACCCGACCGUCUCUUUUUCCAAUCCGGGGGAAACAAAGAUGCAUAUCCCCCUGGCUCACGUCCAACGUCUGUCUCCAAAAACUGUUAUGUGUUGCCCACUUUUCAAUGGCGCGACGGGAGGCUCCUUUUCUUCGGUAGUGGGGACGAGGAUCGCAAAGUUACCCGGACAAGACCAUACCGGAGGAUCUGAGGCAAGUGGUCUGCCUGGAUCAGACACUCCUUCAGCAAUUGAUGCUAUUUUCGGCCUCGAAUUUCAAGAUGAGGCCACGGCGAAUACGUUCUUUACAGAAUGGGGCCGCAUUCGGAACCAAACUCCAGGCGUCGAAGGCGUGGAUCGCAGCGUUGCGGGUGUACGUACAGUGCCCAAUAAACGACCAAUGGGAGGGCAUAUGGGGGAAAUGGAUGCUUCUGUGGUAGAGACCUACUUUCAGUACUAUGGGAAAAUGGCAAACCAGAUGAAUAUGCUGCAAGACACAGUGCGGACCACAACGUACCAACGAGCGAUCGUCGAAAAUCGUGCAGAUUUCGAAGGAAAAGUUGUCAUGGAUGUCGGAGCCGGCUCCGGCAUUCUCUCCUUCUUUGCCGCCCAGGCCGGCGCCAAGAAAGUGUACGCGGUCGAGGCAAGCAAUAUGGCAGCGACACUGGCCCUGUUAUGCCAAGGAAACCCUGUCCUCGGCAAUCGCAUUCAAAUCAUAAACAAACCAUUAGAAAGCAUCGAGGACAGCGAGGUUCCCGAGAAGGUUGACGUCCUCAUUUCCGAGCCCAUUGGGACUCUCCUCUUCAACGAAAGAAUGAUUGAGACAUACCUCUCCGCCCGAGAUCGCUUCCUCAAACCAGGAGGCAAAAUGUUUCCAAGCAAAUGCUCCCUCUACGUUGCACCGUUUGCGGACUACGUGCUCCACUCCGACAUGAUGAACAAAUGCAACUUUUGGAAGCAGACGCAGUUCUGUGGCGUGGACCUCUCGAAUGCGCUCGAGGUCGCCAUGGUCGAGCAGUUUCGUCAGCCCAUUGUCGAUUACAUUGAUCCUUCGCUUCUCCUUGCACCUGCGCACUACAAAGAAUUCGACUUCACGAAGAUUUCGCGGAAAUCUCUGGAAGAGAUUACCAUCGAUUUUUCCUUCACAGUCAGCAGUCCCACCCUCGUUCACGGAGUCGCAGGCUGGUUCGACGUCGUCUUUGAGGGCUCCGAGAAGAUCGUCAGUUUUAGCACCUCUCCGUACUCUCCCCCGACCCACUGGUUCCAGUCGCGCGUCGUCAUGCGACAUCCCCUCGCUGUAAAUCCGAACCAACCAGUGUUUGGCCGCCUGCACAUGCGAGGCAACAAGCAGCAGAGCUACUUCCUCGAUGUCCUUCUCGCCCUCCAAGACUGCAACGUUUCGACUUCUCAAAAGAACGUCGACCUGAAGGACCCAGACUACCGGUACUACACGAAUCCCGGACAUAGUUACUUCCCAAACGGCCAGCAAGUGGGGUAUGCGCAGGCGCAGAUGCCCGCCAGCGUCCCUGCCGCCGAGAACGCCUUCGCGUCAGCCCAGUGGGCCUCGUUCUCCUCGUGCGCCUCUCAACUGGACGUCUCAGACCCGAAUGGCGCGGGGGACUGCGUGGCGGGGCCCAGUGCGGGGCUAGGAGACGGCGAAGAGGAAGCCGACGGGGACGGGGCUCUUCCGGGGAAAAAGAGGUUCUCGCCUUGCUUUGACCAAACUGGGAACGGAGGGAGGACCGAAGGCAGCAUGAGUGUGGACUUGGGCGUAGCAGCAGCUAACGCGGAAAUCAGCCAAGUUUUCUCGGGGCGGUAA